GAGUGGCCCCAAAAAGGCUAUUUGUGCAAUUCACGCGGUUAAUUGAAUGGAUUCUUCGAAACUUUUCUCUCUAUCUGCGACCCACCUGACAGCCCUAACGGCUACUGAACAACCGAUCUCUCACAUCCCUCAUCUUUCUUUCCCGUCUUGUUCUUCUUCCCCUCUCACUGCCGGCGCCGCCUUUCUCCCCCUACUCUUUCCGGCCGUCCUCUCUCCUCCUACUUCUUUGAAAUAUUUCCUUAAUUAAUUACGUUUGAAAGGGUGUCAAAAACUGGUCCAAACCUGCAAAUCCAAUAAUUCUGACCUAAUAUACCAAACGGAUAUAAAGCUAAAAAUCAAAAUUCUGACCUCACCUCAUUUUCAGUCUCCCGUCUCCCGUCAUUGCUGAAAAUGGAGAACACAAGUUACUCAAAGUUGAAAAAAUCUUUUGUGAUUGGAAUACGCAGCUUGUUAAAUUCUUGCUCUAGAAAGAAAUUUGGUGAAACUUUCCCCAAUUUCACUCCAGCAGAAGUUGAAAGACUUCAUCGGUUAUAUUUUGAGGUGAUUACUGGUUUGACCAAGAGUAUAGAGGAUGAAUUUGAGUCUCUAUGCGAGGAGACACAGGCAGGAACAACUCUAAACAUGGUGGAGGAGCUUGUGGAAGAACAACACUUGGAAGAAAGCUUGAACCCCUUGUUUCUGGAGAGGAGCAAUACUGAAGAAGUCAUGAGGCACUACCUAUCUGAAGUCAAAAAGGACGAGAUCAGUUACUUGAUGGCUAUGUUAGAGAAGAAGAACAGAAACGUGCCGUCACUUCUCUUCUUGAAGCCCUGAAGAAAGAAAGGCAUGAUAGUACGGAUAAUGAAGACAGAACUCGAAGUUUACUUUGAUUCAGGCUGUGAUUCAACAUAUAAGCCGUGAAUGCACGUCCACUGCACUUACUUCAGUUAAAGAAAAAGUUUAUGCACCUGUCCUAGAUGAAUUAAAUGUACUCCUUUUGCUACAAAUAUAUACAAUAGUAACGAAUGUAUAGGAGUAACUUCUCAUUGAUAUUGUUAUUUUGUCUAAAGUUGUACUAUUACUUGUGAUCAGGGGCGAAUUUAUAGGUGUAAUUACGGUACAUGUGAACCUAUGGUCUCUCCGUAAAUUAGAUAUUUUAUGUA